AUGAACGGCAAGAUGAUACACAAGGUACUACUAAUGCUCUGCUCCUUCGCUCUAGUCAGAGCAGGAAUAAUUGCUACCGACGGGGUAACUUAUUCAUCAAUAUCCACACCAGUCGUCAAAACAAUUCCAAGCCACGUUGUUGAGAAAACUGUGACGUCACCAAUAGCUUACACCAAAAUAAUUCAGCCACCUCCAGCGUAUCACUCCAUAGUGUCUACUAAAGAAAGCAACUAUGAAAGCCCAGAUGGUACUCAACAUACAACAUUUACAAAAUCUUCGGAUACAGACUACGCAAGUGUCAAGAAAUAUGAAUCGAGCAAUAAUGUUGGUGCAUCUAAUUUCAUACCAAGCAUCUACUCUUCGGCAAGCCAUUCUCCCGUAGUGUAUCACCAAGAACCAGCAUAUGAGUUGUCUUCUCCUUUUGUAUCUAAAACUGUAUCAGUUCCUGUGUCUUAUAGUACACAUGAAGUUCCUUUAACUAAAACGGUUGUAUCACCACCUUUAUCUUCAUACUCAACACUUGAUAACACUAAGUUUGCUUCUUCAGGUUUAUCAUCUUAUUCGUCAAAUCCACCUGUAGUCGAGUCUCAACCACUUAAAACUACUAUAACAUACUCAGAAGCUCCAUUAGUUUCUCACAUGUCGUUCACAGGUUUAGGAGCAAGUUAUGCUUGGUAA